AUUAUUGCUUCGCGCAAUUCAUCUGUAUAUGAAUCUGAUUAGCGUGUUUCUGCUCUUCUUCUUCUCCCCUACAGUCGAACAAGAGCCCCAAGCCCGACAGCACCCACCCCUUGAGAAACGAAAAUUUCAGAUCUGCUGUGUUUCUUCCCCUCCGUCCGCUGCUCUUGGCUGGGUUUGGGUGUGAAUUUUUCAGGUUUCUGAUCUCCUGAUUUCUCCUUCCAUUCCCGUCGGCCUCCCCCAAACCCGCCAGCUCCGGUUUGCUUGCUGAAUUUUCUGAGAGUGAGACCCGAGGCACGGUUAACUAGGGGGAGUGACGAGCCAAUAUUUUGGACUUAGAUGCUUUUUGGACUUAGACCGUUAGCCACACAUGCUUGACAUAAAUGUGAAAUGAUAAGUCAUUUUGUAUACUGAGUUUCCCUUGGUUAUAGUCAUGACUGUUUUAUAAACUUUUGUACAUUUUGAUUAGUAAAUUUUUGGUAAUUGAAAGCUAGAUAUUAAUCGAGUUUUUUAUUUAAGUUAUGUAAAUUGAUAAUUAUGAACACAGUAGAUUCUGAGUCUUGUGCAUUUGUGGGAUCCGUUCACGAGUACACGGCGUCUGUUUCGCUCCUGAUUUUGGGGCGUGACAAUAUAUUUGAUCAUCCUUA